AUGGCGGAUGCAGCUCCCCGCCGCGCCCACAUCCGUCCAAAGCAUAUCGCCGUAGCGAAUAAACGGCGCGCGUCAGGCCAAAUAGUGAUGGGAGGCGCGAUACUGGACAAGGCGGGGAACAUGGUCGGCUCCGGCAUGGUCCUCAGAGCGGAGACGGAGGAGGAAGCGUGGGCGGUGAUCAAGGCGGAUCAUUACUGGGCGAACAACGUCUGGGAUAAGGAGAAGAUCAUUGUUAGGCCGUUCAGAAUCAAUGGGCUGCCUCAGGCACAGGCGAAGCUGUGA